UUGUCCUUUGCACGAUUCCGUAGCCUCUGCAAAAACAUGGCUGCACACACAAGUCAGGCAUUUUUGUCCUUACGUCGACUAAAUGGCACUGGCCUUGGACUACAUAGCGCACUGAGCAGGUUAACAUAUGCCACAGCCCUGUCUACAAACAUUUCUCAUGGAGGCAGAGGACUUCCCGACAGAGGCAAUAGAGGAGGCCCUGCCAGAAAACCAAGGAGAAAUGCAGGGGAGCCCAGGACAGAAAAAAUGGCAGUGGAUCAGGACUGGACUGCAGUUUACCCAGCAGCAGCCCCCUUCAGACCGGGCUCUGUCCCUCUACCUGUGCGCAUGGGCUACCCUGUGAAAGGAGGAGUUCCCCCAGAGAAGAAGGGCAACUUGGAGCUGAUCAAGAUACCAAACUUCCUGCAUUUGACCCCGGCAGCCAUUAAGAAGCACUGUGAAGCUUUGAAACUGUUCUGCACGGAGUGGCCCUCUGGCCUGGACACCAGUGCCAAAUGUGACGAGCAUUUCCCCAUCAAAAUACAGAGCACAGACUAUGUGUCUGCUGGCCUCUCUGUCAGAAAUCCUAAGGCUCGUGUUGUUCAUCUCAAAGUGAAACUCUCUAGUUUGAACCUGGAUGACCACGCACGGAAGAAGAUGCUCAGACUUGUUGGGGAGAGAUACUGCAGAGACACUGAUAUCCUCACCAUCACAACAGACAGCUGCCCAUUGAGACAGCAGAAUUAUGACUAUGCCAUGUACCUUCUAACUGUCCUCUACCACGAGUCUUGGAAAAUAGAGGCUUGGGAGGCUGAGAAAACUGUGGCAGACAUGGAGGAGUAUAGUUGGGAAGAUAGCCCAUCCCAGAAGAAUAUCUUGGAUAUGUUGGUGCGCAUGAAGGUGGCAGGGGAAGGUGAAGGGAAGGCCUUGCGAGAGGAGCUGCUGUCAAGAAGAGAGGUCCAGGAGUAUAAGGACUCAGUCACUAGACUGAAGAAUGAAGGUGACAGCGAGAGCACCAUGCUCCAGUACAGAGAGGCAGUCAAGAAAGUGUUUAACCUGUAAAACAUCUUUAUGUACAUAUGCAUUCACACUUGUAAAAGGGUCAAUCAAAAUACACAAAAAGAUUAUAAUAAAAGGUUUAUCCUGCAUCCAACCAUCUUUUUUGUGAUCAACUCCAUCCGAGUAUCAAAAACAAGACCUUGCUGUACACAAGAUUAUGAUUUUACAUCAGAAUAUGAAAACUUCUUGGGUCUUACAUCUUGUAUUUAUUUUCUGAAAUUGACUUUUUUGUCAUGCAAAUAUAUAUUACCUCUGUAAGGCUGUCAUUCAGUACAUCACUGAAAGCCUCCGGUGUACUCAUUGCAUUGUUAAUAAAUUUAUUUUCAUUUUUGAAAUUGGAAA